CUCCAAAGUGAGUAUGAAAUCUAUGGAGGGCGCCAACACAGACGCCCUUUCGAUCUCCGUAUAAAUCUCACCGUCUUCUCCAAAUUCCAGUUUGUAAAUAAAUAAAAUUUGUUGUUCGAAUCUAGAUUUCAUUUGAAAUUCACCGUCGGCGUUGAAUUGCCACAGUAUAAUUUAUGCUCACUUGAAUUUAACCGAAUAGUGAAGUAAUACUUGUUUCAAGGUCGUUUUGGAUUGAAGAAAAUAAGCGUGAUCGUAGAAUUAGCUGCGCAAUUAGCUCGGGGACAACGAUUUUCCAUGGCCGCCAAUGCACAAUCUCAGCAUCGCUGCGUUUUUGUUGGGAACAUACCGUAUGAUGCUACUGAAGAGCAAAUCACUCAAAUUUGCGAGGAGGUUGGGCCGGUUGUUUCGUUCAGAUUAGUUACUGACAGAGAAACCGGAAAACCAAAGGGUUAUGGGUUCUGUGAGUACAAGGAUGAAGAGACAGCUCUGAGUGCUCGUCGUAAUCUUCAGGGUUAUGAUAUAAAUGGCCGUCAGCUAAGAGUUGACUUUGCUGAGAAUGACAAGAACGCUGACAAGAACCGGGAACAGGGGCGUGGUGGUCCUGGUGUUGGCCCGAAUGUUGAUGCUCCAAAACAAUUUGGGGGUCAAGCAGUUCUUGGACAUCCCGGUGUUCAUCUGCCGGUAGGCGAUUCAGUUGCUACAGCUGCUGCAAGUGUCAGUAUACCAAAUCAGAUAGGAUUACAGACACCGUCCCUGUUAGGCACUGAUCCUUUAACUCGACAGUUGGCCAAAAUGUCAAGGAGUCAGCUAACAGAGGUUUUGUCUGAAUUUAAGGCACUGGCUAUGCAAAAUAAAGAAGAAGCCCGGAAACUAUUGCUCGCCAUCCCCAACUUGUCCAAAGCUAUUUUUCAGGUUGAGAUUAUGCUUGGGGUAGUGUCACCUCAAAUGUUGCAGACAACCAAUAUUCGGCAAGCUUCAAGCCAACCAGUACAGCCUCUGUUGCAAAAUGCUCAAAUUCUUUCCGGCCUACCCCCCCUUCCACAAAACAAAAUUCAAUUGGGUUUGAUGCCUUCUGCACAAGAUAGUCGGGUAUCUGCUGGUGUUCCAAACCAAUAUAAUACACUCCAGAAAUUUAUUACACAAACUCAAAUUCAACAUGCACCAUUAAACCAGAACCAAGCCUUGCAGCAAGCUCAACUGAUUGCUCAAUUUGGAGUUUCCUCCCAUCCCACUAUGCAUCCUCUGUCAUUGAGUGGUUUGUCAGUUGGACAACAAAUGUCAGUUCCAACUUCUUCUCUCAACCAGCAAAUGCAGCAUCCUACAUCACAAAAAAUAGGCCCAGUGCUGUCCAGCAAUCCACGGUACAAUGCUGUGCCAAGGUCUCAGACUGAUGCCACCGAUGCUUCUGUGCUCGUAAAUCCCCAAUUUUCAGCGACAGGCAUUCAGCAUAGCACACCAACAUCCUCUGGCAUGCCGGAAGAUAUGGAUUUGAAAGGACAUGCUUCAAAUGUCCCUAGUAAGACGAACCAGAUCGAUAGAGCACCAAAACUGGUGAAACUGAAUGGUGGAACCGCUACUCCUCAGGCUGUGAACGUACCUUCACCUAUGUUCGCACCACUCCAGUCUUCGGGUGUUCCAGGAAGACAACCUCCAAUUAAAGAAAUUGCAGACACUGGGAAGCAAGCUACUCAGGUGCAACUUCCCCCAGACUUGGAUCCAUCUGUGCUUCAGCAACUGCUAAAUCUGACGCCAGAGCAGCUAAGUUUGCUCCCACCGGAUCAGCAAGAACAAGUAAUGCAACUUCAACGGAUGCUCCGGCAGGCUACAUAGCCAACAUUUUUAGUCCCGAAAAUAGCAUAAGCUUUAUUAAUCUUUCCUCCAAUGCGUAUUGCAACUGACUACUUUGCGAUUAAAGCAUUGUUAGGUGUAUACUAGAUGCACGAGAGCUGUACCAUUCAUGUAACGUUACGAGGUUGUUCUUGUACGCGGAUGAACACAUCAUUGAAAUGAGAAGAAAUUUUGGCUUA